AAGACUGCAGGGACAAACAAAAAAGCUGAUUUUGUUUAAAGUGUCGUGUGCAUCUUAAGAAUAUUUUUCCUUAAAAGUUCGGAUUUGGUUCAACACUUCUGUGAAGAAAAAACAAAGGCAGAUGAAACAGGUGUUAAAUUUUUCAUGGUGGGAUUCUGACUCUUUAUUGCUUUUUUCCUUGUCUCUCUCUCUCUCUCUCUCUCUCUCAUAUGAAGACCUCCCUCUCAGCCCUGUAACUGCUCAAUGUUUGCGAGUGCCAGUUUGAAACCACAUUCUUGACAUAUCACAACAGCUGCAUUCAAAAUACUUGUCAGCUCAGGACUCUUGAUAAAAAAAGAACAACCCCGUCAUCUAAUAGAAAGAUUUCAGCAGCAAGGCCCACUGCUCAUAGAUUUGGUGGAUAUAUACUGACUGCUCUUCAUCAGACGUCCAAGUAUGGCAUCAGCCAAUGACAAAGAUAAUGAUCAGGUGGUACCUGAUGAGGAAGAUAAUAGUGAUGUGCGAUCAGUGCAAGCUCGAUACCUUCGUAGCCCUUCUCCCAGCAGAUUUUCAGUGAUGUCAGACACAGAUACAGAGAGCAUCUUCAUGGAGCCAAUUCAUUUGUCGUCAGCAGUAGCAGCCAAGCAGAUCAUUAAUGAAGAACUGAAAAGUAAAGACAUCAAAGUGGAAUACAUGAGCCCAGAGAUGCUGGAGUCAGCAGAGCAGUUAUUAGUGGAAGACCUGUACAAUCGUGUCAAAGAGAAAAUUGAUGAUAGCAGCAGGUUCAAUACUCCAUGCAUCAUGGACAUCCAGAGAGCACUUGUGCAGGAUAAGCUAGAAGCUCCCAUGAAUCCUGUGGAUGAGGUGUGGCCUAAUGUCUUCUUAGCAGAGAAUGCUGUGGCAGUAAACAAAGGCAGGCUGAAGAGAAUGGGCAUCACACAUGUGCUGAAUGCUGCCCACAAUACAGGUGUUUACACUGGAGCAGAGUUUUAUUCCAGCUUGGGGAUCCAGUACAUGGGUAUUGAGGUGGAUGAUUUUCCAGAUAUCGACAUCUCCAAACACUUCCGUCCAACAGCAGAAUUCAUGGAUGAAGCACUACUGACCUACAGAGGAAAAAUUCUUGUCAGUAGUGUCAUGGGAGUCAGUCGUUCUGCUACAUUUAUUACAAGUUAUCUGAUGAUCUUCCAUCACAUGACUGUCAUGGAGGCACUGAUGACCAUACGGAAGAAGCGGCCCAUAAACCCAAAUGAGGGUUUUCUGAAGCAGCUCCGAGAACUGAAUGAAUUAUUGAUGGAGGAGCGACAAGAAGAGUUCGCUUCAGAAGAGAGUGAUGAAUGUGACACCUUAAGCCAAAGUUCAGUUAUUGAUAGAAAAGCACAGUCUAUGCUAGCAGAAGAGGAAGAUACAGGAAGCAUCAUGGGAGCAAAAGUGCAUUCUAUCUCAGUGGAGGAAGAGGAUACAUCUAGCAGUCUAGGCAGCGUUUUAAGCUCAGCAGCAAAAAGGAGUGUGGCUUCAAAACGCCCCACACUCAUAGAUGAAGAUGAGGAAGAACAGUUGUAUCAGGAAUGGAGGAAACAGCAAGGACUACCGCCAAGUGAACCUGCAAACAGCAUGCAAGCCAGCAGGCUGGCAGAACUUCCUGAACAAGGCGAGGAUGAUAAUGAUUUAUACAAGAUGAUUAAGGAAUGGCAAUGCAGAAAUGCAACAUACAUGAGUGACGAUGGCGAAUCGUCAGUAGCAGGAAGGUACUCACCCAGCCAGUUCAGUGAUAUAGAAAGUGUGAGCAGCCUUGACAUUCAAAUCUUAAAGCAGCAACUAGAAGCCAGUGGAAUAAACAGGCAAGGUAGAAGAAGGUAUGAUUCUACAUCCACAGAAGACAGCAGCUGGGACAUGUGGAACCAGAGGCUUAAGGAAAUUGAAACAGAAGCAGCAGAAAGGUACAGAUCUGGUAAGGAAGAAAAUGAUAACACUAAGGUUGUUUCUGAAAAAGGAGAAAGAAAAACUGACAUUGAUGAGGAGAGUCUUUUCUCUGAUACAAGCUCUUUGUUCAAUUUCUGCAAAAAGAACAAAGAUAAACUUACUCCUCUGGAAAGGUGGAAGAUCAAAAGAAUCCAGUUUGGCUGGCACAAAAAUAAAUCUGAAUCAACUGAUGGCAGCAAAACAAAAAGUAAUGAGGACCAAGGAGAAGAGGGAGAGAAACCCAUAUCAGAAGUCAACCUGACAGCUUACCAGAACUGGAAACUGAAAAGGCAAAAGCAGUUGGGUACAGAGAACAAAGAUGAGAUUGUCGAAUUAACCAAGGGUGAAGAUGCUGCUUCAGUCAGAAGGAAACAAAGGCGUGCUGAGGUUCUAGAGCGUUCCAGACAAAAUCUAGAAGAGAGUCAGUCCCUCUGUGGAUUUGAAACAGACAGCUCGGUAAGUGGUAGCAUCCCAUUGUCUACAUUUUGGCCAAUGAUGUCUACAAGAAGUGUUGCAGAUGAUACAGUUUCUAUGCUGAGUAUGCAAAGCAACAGAUCUGCAGUUUCUCAAGCUUCUGCACUGAAUCAGACCCCAGUUCUUCCUCUGCCCAACAUUCAAGUAGGGCCUAAUGACUCAGUUUCAUUAGCCAGCAUACAAAACUGGAUUGCCAAUGUGGUUGUAGAAACAAUUGCACAAAAGCAAAAUGAAAUUAUGAUGCAGUCACGGGCAUCAUCUGUAAUGAGCAAUGGUCCAAAGUUGGAAGAAUUUGGAAGAACCACUGAGGAUGAUAAGGUUUCCAUGCUCAGUAUGCAGAGUGGUGCAUCUUACAGCAAUUCACUUCUGCAUAAGAAAAACCCAAGAGCUGAUGACACCCAUUCUGUACUUUCCUGUAAUAGUUUAUCAAGUAAUAGGUCUAAAGACUAUGGUACAAGAGAUAAAAUUCGGAGCACAAGCAAGCCACUCUAUAGUCUGUUUGCUGAUGAAGUUAAUCUUAAAGAGCUUAACAGAAAAGAAAAGGAAAUGAAGACUGAGUUUUCAGGAAAAAUGUCUGCAUACAAAAUGGAAAAAAUUGCAGCUGAUAAUAAACGAAGCACCUUAUUCAAGAAAAAGAAGGUCAGAGGUGAAGGUGAGGAUGAAAAUGAGGACAGUGCUUCCUUUUUAGAUCAUGAUAACUCUGACACAGUUUCAAAUCUUUCGGGGCACUUUUCAAGCCCUACCACUAAGAGCACAGAAAGCACAAGCAAUGUUAGUAAAUGGCUUAGUGGCUUAACAGCAGACUACACAACACCCAAAUAUGAUAAAACAGACACACUGGAUGCAAAACUAAGCAGAACAUCGGCUCUUAAACAGUCAGAUCUUGAGACACCAUCUUUCAGUUCCUCACGACUUAAUGCAAAUACUUCAAGAGGUUUCACUUCACCAUACCUAAUGAAAGACAGUGACUUACGUAUUACAUCAAGAUACUCACCUCUAACAGAAACAGAAAGAGAAGUAUUCAAUUCCCACAAAGUAAAGCCAGAAGAGUUUUCCCAUUCAACAGAUAAAAACCCUACACUCACUUCUUUCAGAAGGGCACCAGAAACAAACCAGUAUCUUGAACCAGAAUCCACUGACACUGCUACAAGUCGAAUAAGACCAUACUGUCCCAAAGAGGGUGAAAACACAGAAAAUCAAGAUUUAUCUGAAUUAGCAACAAAAAGGAAGUUUACACAAAGUUUUUCAAAAGCAGAAGAUGGAAACAGAACAAGUCCAGUUAACAGUGAGGAUAACGUUGAUAACGAAGAAGGAAGUUCCAUGCGAAGAAGAGCAUCCAGACUAAAGCCAGCAACAAUGGAAAGAAGACAGCAAGGUGAGGGUGAUGAGGAGGAGGAUGAUGAGGCUGCCAUUGCUGCAUGGAGGAAUCACCAAGAAAAAACCAGAGCAAAACUCCAACGGUUAAAAAAGGAAUAGUAACCCAGCCUCUCUGCUGAUUAGUUUAAAGACAAACUUAUACGAAGCAAGAUAAGUACUCAGCAGGAAUAAAGACAACACUUCACACUGGGAAUGUGAGGAAAACAAACAAGGAAACUCAUUAAAAUUAGCACUGAUUUUCAUAAUCACAUUCAGGAUAGAAGGAAAUCUAUACUUCUGCAGAGUGGUACUGCUGGUAAGCCUUGAAAAAUGAAAGUGAAAUGGAAGCACCUCACAAGCAGACAAUGACACAUUUUCUGUCGUUCUUAUUUACACUUAUCAAGUUGUGUCUUUUGUGUUAAGAGAUCCCAUUUUAAGAUGAAGCUCAAAGCGCUAAUACCGACGUCUCCCCAAAUUAUUAGCCUAUACUGAAAUAACAUACAGUAAACAUCCCUGAUGCAGGAUAGUGCCUAACGCAUGGAAAUAAAAUGAAUUAAAAUUAUUAUUCUAAGUACAUUUGUGUGCAUUCAGUGGUGCUGGUCCAGUUUGCAAUGAGCAUUUGCCAUACCAAGAAUGAUUCUGUCUUGCAUAUGACUGUAAUCCCAUGAUAAGAUUCUCUCAUUAUAACAAAUGUCACUCUUCAUCACAUGACUAAAACUGGUGAAGCUAAAAUAUUGUAUAUUUUUCAUUGGAAAUUAAAAAUUAUCCAAGCUGAUCUCAGGCACAGUCCUAUUCCAUAGGAGCUUACACAGAUUAUAGCUUUGUUCUUGAUCAUUUUUGCUGCCAAUAUGGUAAGUCGAAGGUCAUAUUUACAAAAUUUAAGGGACCUAAUUCUGUCACAAUUUGAGAAGAGAUAUUGCAUCUUAAUCAAAUAUUUAUAACUUCGAAGUACAAUGCGCAAUUCAUAUGAUAUCUACACUUUCCUCCAUUGAUGCUUUCAUUUGACCAGUUCUGAUCUGUAUUUCAACCAAUUUAGCAGUUUGCAAAGUGGACCCAACCAGGUUUUAAAA